AUGUCUCUAUGCAGGCUGGCAAAUUGUUGUGUUACUCUCUUCAUUUUCAUCAAUCUUUUCCUUCCCUUUGCCGUUCAUCCCCUUUCCUUCCAUCUACGUCAAUCCGACUUUACUAGUACAAACAACAUAACCUAUGAAGGUGCUGCCAAUAUUUCUUCAACCGGAGUGAUUGAACUCAACACAAUCAGUGAACAUUUUCUCGUUGGCAGAGCUACGUAUGAUGAGGCUUUGCACUUAUGGGACUCUAUUAAGGGGUCUCUGGCAGACUUCACCACCAACUUUACUUUCAUUGUCGACACUCUUAAUAGUAGUACCAAGCUUGGUGAUGGAUUUGCAUUUUUUCUUGCUCCUGUUCAUUUUCCAAUCCCACCUAAUUCAGCCGGUGCUCAUCUUGGAUUGUUCAACAGCACCACUCGCUUUGCAGCCUCCCAAAAUCAAAUUGUUCUG